AUGAAACUACUCCUAUUCACACUUAUGUGUGUAAUUGCGACCUGUUCUGGCGAUAUUAUCCGGACGGUAUACUGUAGAAAUCAGUGCACUGACUACAUCAGCAUUCCAGAAAUUUCUAUGCCUCUCUGCGCUCCGGAACAUCUCAAAAUGAAGGAGUGUGGCUCAGUUAUUACUUGUGACUGGGCCGAGGCCGAACGUGACAAUGCGAGACCGAUAGCGAAUAUUAGCUCUGAUGUCAUUUGCUGCUAUAGAGCUACAAUUAAGGAAAAAGGUGACUGUGCCGAAACCAUGACAGCAGAGCUACCACGAAAGGAUACCUCACCAGAGUUAGUGGCACUCACCGAUAUUUGCACUAUACACUUUGUGCCUUGGUUACUUUGUACUGUCUUACUCGUUGUUGUGAUCCUGCAGGCAAUCUACAUAGUGAAGCUGAGCAUCGCAAGACCAUCUCACCAGAAAGUUACCCAAUCCGAAGAUCCGCCAUUGUUACCACAAGUAGUAGUCGCACAUCCGAUUGUCAACACCCGGCCACUAAGUCCAGCAAUUCCACUUCAGUGAAUGGUACACUACUUUCACUUCAAACAUAGACAAUAUGACAAUUGUUCUUCGGCGGAUAUGUGAACGAAUUUAGGUAAUGUGAAUUGUGUGCUGUCUAAGAGUGGAUGUGUAAGUAAUAUUUUCUAGUGGUGCUCAAAUGGAUAUUCUAUUGUCUCUCACUUUGUCGAAUGUUCAUGACUUCUGCUGUACUAUACCUACAUUGCCGAGUGCGGGUAUCUUGUGUUUGUUUUGUGAUCUCAACGUCUUUACGUGUAAAAUGUAUUAGGUUGUCUGAAAGUUGGGAAUGUUUAGAUCCAUAUUCAUUUCUUUUUUGUAAUGAAUUCUUGUGUUUGAACUCCUGCGAAGAAGGCCUUCGUUUUACACUUUUACAGCAUUCUGCUGUUAGACAUCUUAGCGGCUGCUAGCUGGCUUUCCCAGUCCAGCGCGGGCCAUUGUUGACUGGAGAUACGGUGCUGUAUUGGUCGCCAGCAUAACCUUAUUCUUGUUAUCACGGGCCUUCAUUUCCAAUCGCCGCAUUCUCAUG